GGAGGUGAGGAGCUUCUAGUCAAAAUGAUUCAGCAAGAAACCAUCACCGCCCCGCGCCGCCCCAGCCGGAGGCAGGCAGCCCCCACCCCGGCCUGGGGGCGGUUUGCAGGGCGGGUCCCCCCCCUGCUCUCUAGCACUGGGCACCGACUCCCCCAGUGCGCACCGCUCUCCACACAGGCAGCCAUGCGGCGAGCCCGGGAGCUGCUCGCCUUCUGCUGCCUGGUCUUGAGCACCACCGGGCGCCCUUCGCGAGUUCUGUGCUUCUCUCUUUCAGAUUUUUGUGCCCAGACCCUUAACUCAGAUGUGAAACCAGGAUUUCCUAAAACAAUAAACCCCAAUGACUCAGCAGUCCUCAAAGCGGCCAGACACAGCGUUGAAAGGUUCAACAACUGCACAAAUGACAUCUUCUUGUUCAAGGAGUCCCACAUCAGCAGAGCCCUGGUCCAGGAAGGAAAUGUCUUGGACACAGAGCCGCAGUCUCAGCUGGGGACCAAGAACUGGUGCCAUGAGCAGGACCAACAUGAAUGGAUUGUGAAGGGUCUGAAGUACAUGCUGGACAUGGAGAUUGGCAGAACUUCUUGCAAGAAGACCCAGCACCCUAGUCUAGACAACUGUGACUUCCAGACCAACCACACCUUACAACGGACUUUCAGUUGCUACUCUGAAGUUUGGGUCAUCCCCUGGCUCCAGAGGUUCAAGGUGCCCGUCCUCCACUGUCAGUGACUUCCACCUCACAGCAAGAUUGCACCUGUGCUGUUUACUGUGCUCAGUCACAGCCCUGUCCUGGCUGUCACAGACCCUUGGACCUUCUAUAGGAGCUCAGCAGUGAGCAGAAGUACCCACAGGUUCACUGCAAAGUAGCCGGAGUGGAAGAAAAAGAUACUACCCCUGGCUAGAUUAUUUCACAUUUUUUUCUAAACUUCAUUUUACUAAUGCUGUGUCCCAGACAGAUUUGGGGUCUGGACACACAGGAGCGAGUCCUCUGGUGGGAAUUUUUCAGGUUCUGGAUCCCUGAGCAAGCCCAAUUACCCUGUGGUCCCACGCUCACCAAUGAAAAGCCCAGAGAUCCAUCCUUCUGACUGAAUAACUGUUACAGCACUGGCAGAGGACCCAAGUCUGCUAUUAAGCAUCUUUGGCCUUUCAUGGAUGAAUAAAGUCAUGAAUAAAUAGGAAUAAAGAACUGACCAUCUCAAAGCAUCUUUAAAGGGACAGUUAGGAAAGUGAGGUGUUGUGAGGGGUGCCCCUCUUAGUGGUCUAAUGAGUAUAAGUGACUUCCAUAAAGCCCCUUGGAGGCUUUUCCAGCCACUCACUGCUAGCUAAAAUAUACUGAAGACCAAAGCAGCCAAAACAGGCCAGCAUAUAUCUACAUCAUGAACUGGCAGGACAGAAAGCACCCGACUUUGGAGGGCACUUACCCUCCAGCUGGGUAUUCUUCUGACAGGGAGCCAUACACCCAAGUUCUCUCCACUGCCUCUGAGGCUCAGCAUGCACACAGCAGCACCUGGGCAGGUGGGGUGAGGCAGAGUGCUGGGACCACUGCCCACAGCACCUCAAAAGAAGGGAGUCAAGGUUAGGGAUGGAGAUGUUGUGUUGAGAAGUUGGGAGAAGGAGGGGACCACUGUGAGGUGGGAGGCACUAGGGUCCUCGUAAAAGACAGGGAUUGAGCUGGCAUUAGAAAGUGCAAGGCUGGGCCACAGAGACACCCAGGAGCUUGUAGACAGAGGCUUCACUCAGAGAAGACAGCCCCCCCAGCCACCUUGUGUAACCCUGGGUUCAAAUGCAGAGCCCCUCAUGUUGGACUUCUUCCUCUCCAGGUCUCUUCAAACUAUAGGCAAAGUACACUGUUGCCUU